GACAAAGAAAGAGAGAAAGAGUCAGCAGGAGAACCAUCGAGUCUACUUCUUUAACAGGCAGCUUGGUGUUUUUAUAUUUGGAAAUCUGAUCAAUAGAGACGAAAACUAUUAAAAAAAAAAAAAAAAAAAGAACUUCCUAAGAAAAUCAACAGUAUGGUUGUUCGGGCCGCACUCGCUGUCCUCGCUGUCCUCCUCCUGUUCAUAGCCAAGGCUGGUGCAGCUGGAGUAGAAUUCUGGAGAGAAAAAUUCACAAUGACCUGUCCAGAGAACGGGACUUGGUUCAGGAAACAAGCAGAUACAAAACAUGUGGGGCCAACGUACACACUUCAAUAUGGUGGCACAACCAAAGGCUUAUACUACUGUGAAUACCCUGACCCUGACUCGGACACUGGUAAAACUAAAUAUUAUUUCUACGUGAAAGGAAAGGUGUGCAAAAGCUGUUUCGAGCUCGACUCGAUUUUGUUUUUGCUGGUCGUCUUCGUGGACGUGUUGGGGACAGCAGCUGUCAUGAUUUUUAUCUUCAGAUGCACCAAGAAGAAAAGCUCAGCUGGACCUUCUCAAUCUUCCACAGCACCCGCUCUUUCGGAAAGGCGAGGUCCAUCUGCCACAUCUACUCAGUCUCCAUAUGAGUCACUGAGCCCUCACACUCGCUCCCAGGAUCCUUACUCAACCGUGAACAGGAUGGGAUAGAGACAGUGCACCUGACUACGCAGAGUCUACAGUUUAAACGCUGCACACACGAAGGCGGACAUUCACCAGAGACAAACAUGAACAUCAUUCAUGCUCCAAGUAGCAUGCAAACACUGGCUUCUGCUCUUUGGGAUUUUAAGGGUUGCUUAACCCAAAUGGCAAAGAAGAAGAAAAAACUCACUUACCCCUGGUAUUACGCAGCCAGGUGGUGUCACUUUUAUUUGUCUAGGUCGCCUGGUACAUUAGAGGCAAAUGGCAUUUAGUUUGUGGUGCCCAAAGUAUCUAAAGAUUUCACUGGAAAAUUAUAUAGAUUAAUAAUUCCUAAAUCGAGGGUGUUUCUGCAGUUAGCGGAGGGUCAGUGGAAAGAUCCUGAAGUUCAGCUAAUUGGAAUUAUGAUUUGAUAACAUAUUAUACUCUAUAUCAACACAUUUGUGUUUAUAAGGCAGAAAACACACAAAAAGGGCCAUAAAUUAGUGUAAUGCUUAUCUACACUGCAUUUAUUGUCAUAAUAAUCUAUCCACUCUACCAACAAUUGAUUUUGAUAUAUGUAUACAUAUAUAUGCAUGUAUGUAUAUACAGUAUAUAUGUGUGUGUUAUUAUAUACACAAUUUUUUUUAAAUCUUGACUGCAAAAGUGGCAAAUAGAGAGUGCAUUAAAAUUAUUUAGCAAAACAUCAUAAAAAAAACAAAACAAAAAGCAAAACAUAAAUGACUACAAUGUCAAGUUUCUAAAUGCAAACUUGACUCCUGAACAAAAGAAUAAAUACACCAAUAGUAAGCAUCCACAAUUGCAGGAUCACUAUGUUUUUCUGCAAAGAAAUUAAACUAUACCAUGAAGUCGUCAUAUCUAUUCCCACUGAAAGGAAGCGGCACGAUUAUUUAAACCAUCAUGCAUGAACCAAAAAGCUUUGGUAGUGUUUCAGUCAUUUCAAAUGUAAUCUCACAAUAGUGCCACAAACAGAUUUCCUUUCGUGCCCAUUGAAUUUGUGUGGAGGCAAAAAUCCCAGAAACAGGCGUCUGGACAAAUAAAAGCAACGCUUUCUGCAUGGCUACAUACCAUUAGAGUUUAAAAGAAUACUAUACUCACAAAAUGAUCAUUUGCAUCAGUUGAUCAAUGCGUGUUACCUUGAAAUCAUAAGGACAAUUUUGCUUUUCUUGCGUGCCCUCAAGGUGAACGGAGAAUCCAAAGAAAUUCGACACUCCUUAUAAAUCGAAGCUGAAAUCCAUGUUUUUGGGAAAUACUGAACAUACAACUGGAUAAAUGAGACUUGGAUUAUACUGCAUGAAUUGUGCUGAGACUUUGUAAAUUGAUACUUUUAUGUAGUUUGCUGUUGUUAAAUAUGGCCCCUGAUGACUUCAAUAGAUGAAUAAUGUUGUUAAUGAAUAAUGUACCUUGGACGUAUGCGAGAAAAACAAUGUUUUCUUUUCAAAUUCAGCGUAAAAUGCAGUGAGUAACUGAUAUUGAGCUGGUCACUUUGCGAAUGAAAUGUUCUUUUAAGUAAGAAAAAAUGGGGGUAUUUAAAAAUACACAGUGUAAAUAUAAUGGUUUUUUUGUACUGUCAUAUUUCGUGGCGGUGGUGUUGUAACAGACUGCAUUUUUUUGUUUUUUUGUCUUUCUGUAAUGUUCUGCUCCCCUGAUGUGUGUAGAAGGGAGAAACACAUCUCAAUAUAUUGUAAAUCCAGUACAACACCACUAAUAAGUAUGUAAUUCAACUAACAUAUUUUCAACAUUGCCACCACAAACGAUGCAUUAUCAGCUUUGUGAAAGCAGAAUUUAUGGCAGAGCUUCUGUAUUGGAUUACAGUAGAUUGUGCAAGCGUACUAAAUAAAGUGGGCACUGAGUGUAAA